AUUCCCCUCGUGCUCGUCCUCUUCUGGGGAUCAGUGUUGCUUUCCAAAGACAAAUUGUCCGCCAAAGAGUUCUUGACUUCCUGUGCAUUCCCUCUGCCUUUUCUUUUCAUCUGGCUCUAUCGCUUCUUUUUCAAGAAACAAAGUUUGCACGAUUUUGAACUGUUUAGGAAGAAUACCCGCGAUGCCGAAGAAAUCAAGAAAGUUCUCCAUGACCCAUUCCGUCCACCCUGUGGUGAUGAUUAUGGUACACUGUACUGGGAAAGUGUCCUGACCGGCCGCAGAUUCCUGCUUCUGACCAUUCGUAACUUUAUCACUGAUCCUUUGACACGACUCAUCUGUCUCGAUUUCGCCUGUGUUGUGACUCUUGUGCAUCAUCUUAUAUCGAGGCCAUUCCGUGACCGUAAAGCCAACAUCUGUGAAACCUUGUCUCUUAUGAGUCUGGUUGCUAUUUGCACUUUCAACUUGGCAGAAGUCACCCUUAUCGCCCAGGGACUCGAGCCUGCUGGUCCUGAACAGAACCUUUUCUACGCGUUGGAGUGGAUUGAGGUGGCUUUGCUUGGCUUUUUACCAGCCAUAGCUUGCAUCCUGGUGGCGCUUGCGGCUUUUUCUCAAGUCACUCGAGUGCUGUACCAUGGCAUCAGACUACUACGAAGAACCGUGUGUCUGCGUUCUCAGUUCUAAAAUGUCUGUCAGAUGAUUUUGCAGAUGGAUCCAACAAGGAAUGUCAUACUUCAUGUUGACUAUGUCCUUACCUGACUGAUUUUCAUGUCUUUGCCAUUUGUAUCCUAACAUUUAGUAGCUUUAUCGCAGUUUUCGUGUUUAUUCUGGCACUUUCAAAAGCCUUCAGUAAGCAAAUAUCUAGUUCUUUGUGUUAACGGGUACUGUAGCUCGUAAGGUUAAGUCGUUUUACCAUUUGCUGAUCUUGUUAGUUCGCAUAGAUCUUCCAUGGUAACAAAACGAGAUACUAGUGAUUUCAAUAUUUUUGCGACCAAAAUAAAGAGUGGAGAAUUGCACUUAAUAUGAAGGUAAAUAAUAGCAACUGUUGCCAAUUCCUUGUGCUGAUAUAUUAUAACUUUGCAACGAACUAGACUUUUCUUUGGAAGUUAUGGAAAACCAAGUAGGUUUAAUUGCUAAGUUAGCAUCAUUCUGAACAUCUAGGUUCCUCAGACAAACGAAAACAAGUAAGGCAUCGAGCCCAAAAGGGUAGAGUUUCUUUGUCAUCUAUCGGUAUUUAUCCAUUGUUAGAUAACCUGUUUCCACUCUUUGUUGAAAAAUUGUUACAUUCUGUCAAGAUUACUUUUUUUCGGGUAGCAAUUAGACCACAUUUUAAAAUAAUUUUUUGUAAUUGUUUCAUCAGUCCCGAAAUCAUCAUAGAAUUUUUUAAGGAUUCGAGGAUUUUGAUCAAAGUUCCGUCAUGAUUAGCCUCCCAGCUUCCGAGCCAUUCUAAGCUUUGUCUCGGUUCGAACACAUUCAGUUUUCAUUUGUCAGCUUUUUCAGUAACCAACACAAUCUGGCGGCUUUCGGAUCAGGGACGAACAAGCAUCGAAAUUUGAUGAUGAUCAUUCUUAAAAUGGUUGAUCGAUUUAAAUUCUUGUUUAUGCCGGCAUAAUGGCUGGUUUCCUACACAGGAAACUGGAAAUAUAUUUCGAGAGAAACUCAACACCCAGAUAAGCAAUGUUUGUCCCGCAAUCUAAUUAAAAAAGGACCCUCACUUUCGAUUCCGCUCACGUUUUUCUUUCGAGAAAGGCCUCUA